AACAUUUUCUCCAAAAUUCGGCUUUUAUUUGACAAAACCUUAAUUAAGUUGUGACCGAGAAACUCUAGUUAGAGAAUUUUAGAAGAUAUAUCAUUAGUUUCCCAUGGAAAUGGUGAUUGUUUGAUAAUCUUUUAGCCGGUAUAGUCAAUGCAAACCGAAGAAUAUUGCAAUGGCAAAGCAUAAGAAUUUUGUUCUGUACUCUCUCUUAUUCAUUAUCAUUCCCAUGGUGGGAGCCUUGAGAAGCAUCACUCCAGGCCAAUCCAUCCACCACAACGAGACCCUGGUUUCAGAUUCUGGAACUUUUGAAGCAGGAUUCUUCACCCUAGGGAAUUCACAGAACAAUUAUUUUUGUAUAUGGUACAAGAGUUUAACACCUAGGACAAUUGUAUGGGUAGCCAACAGAGACACCCCAGUUGAUAACUCUACAGCAAUGUUCAAAGUCACUGAUGCAGGAAAUCCAGUUAUAGUUGAUGGCUCAGGGACCAUAAUAUGGUCCUCCAAUGCUUCAAAAACUGCACGGAAUCCUGUUCUGUUGCUGCAAGACACAGGAAACCUUGUUGUGGAAAAUGGUGGGAAUGGGAAUGGGAACAUUGUGUGGCAAAGCUUUGAUUACCCUGGUGACACUUUGCUCCCUGGUAUGGUUCUUCAUGGUGAUAGGGUUAGUGGUGAGUAUAAUUCUCUGACAUGUUGGAGAAACUCUGGAGAUCCUGGAAGAGGUGAAUUUUCAUAUCAUUUUGAUGGUAGUGGUUAUCCUCAACUUGUGAUCACAAAGGGGACAGGGUUGUUGUAUAGACUAGGGUCAUGGAAUGGUUUUUUCUUCAGCGAGAUUCCUUGGGAAACACUAAACAGUUACUUCAAUUUCUCUUUUGAGUUAACUGAGGAGGAUGUUCAGUUUAAAUAUGAGACUUUGGAUGAUUCAAUUGUUUCAAGAUACAUGAUCACUCCCACGGGCACUGUGCAACGUUUUCUGUGGUCAUCUGAGGCAGAAACUUGGCAACUUUUUCAGGCUGGUCCUAGGGACCAGUGUGAUAACUAUGCCUUUUGUGGUGCUAAUUCUGAUUGCAGUGUUGGUAACUCUCCAAUAUGUGAGUGCGUUAAAGGUUUCACACCUAAAACUCCACAAAAAUGGAGUGUGUCAAAUUGGACUGAUGGGUGUGUUAGAAAGGUGAAUUUGGACUGUGAUGAAAGAGAUGGGUUUGUUAAGCUCUCCGGAAUGAAACGGCCAGACACGUCUUCUUCAUGGUUUGAUAAGACCAUGGAUCUCCAAGAAUGUGAGAAUAAGUGCUUGAAAAACUGCAGUUGCAUAGCAUAUGCUAGUUUAGAUAUUAGAGAUGGUGGAAGUGGCUGCAUAAUUUGGUUUAAUGACAUCAUUGACAUGAGGAAAGAUAGUUCUAUAGGGCAAGACAUUUUCCUAAAGGUGUCUGCUUCUGAAUUAGGUAACUCAGAUAAUGCAAAAAAGAAAAAGUUAGUAGGGAUUCUGGUUGGAAUUGGGAUACUUGUAUUUGUCAUCACAAUAGUUGGAUAUGUCAUCUAUCUAAAGAGGAAGAAACUUUGGAAGUCAGGUAUGGACAGAGUAAUUGACCAAGAGAAUCAUAUUGAAAAGUGUGAGAAGGAAAGCAAUGACUUGCCAACAUUUGAUUUUUCAACCGUAGUUAAUGCCACAGAUGACUUUUCCCCCAAUAACAUAUUGGGAGAAGGUGGAUAUGGCCCAGUUUACAAGGGUGUACUAGGAAAUGGGAGAGAAAUUGCCAUCAAGCGACUUUCUUUGAAAUCUGGACAAGGACCAAAGGAAUUCAAAAAUGAAGUUUUGUUAAUUGCCAAUCUUCAACAUCGAAAUCUUGUGAAACUUCUAGGUUGUUGCAUUGAGAAUGAUGAAAGAAUCCUAAUCUAUGAAUACAUGCCUAACAGAAGUUUGGAUAACUUUAUUUUUGAUCAAACUAGAAGCAUAGAGUUGGAUUGGAAUAAACGUUUACAAAUUAUAGGCGGAAUUGCUCGAGGACUUGUCUAUCUCCAUCAAGAUUCUAGACUAAGAAUCAUCCACAGAGACUUAAAAACCAGUAACAUUCUUCUUGACAAUGAUAUGAACCCAAAAAUAUCAGACUUUGGACUGGCCAGGGUUUUUGGAGGUGAUCAAGCUGAGGCCAUUACAUUAAGAGUAGUAGGAACUCAUGGUUACAUGCCCCCUGAGUAUGCAGUAUAUGGGACUUUUUCUGUGAAGUCUGAUGUCUUCAGCUUUGGGGUUAUUAUACUAGAGAUGGUUAGUGGGAAGAAGAACAGAGAAUUUUCUGACCCACAACACAAUCUUAACCUUCUUGGACAUGCAUGGAGACUGUGGAGUGAGGAUAGACCAUUGGAGCUGAUAGAAGACUCCCUUAGUGAUUCUGUUAUUGCAGCUGAGGCAUUAAGAUGUAUUCAAAUAGGGCUCUUGUGUGUGCAAGAGAGACCUGAUGAUAGGCCAGACAUGUCAUCUGUUGUUCUAAUGUGGAAUGGAGAGAGAGCAUUGCCUAAUCCAAAACAACCUGGAUUUUAUCCACAUGAAGUUUCAACAACCAAACAAGAACUGUCUUCAACAAAUGAAAUUUCCAUUUCAAUGAUACAGGCAAGAUAGUAAAAUGCUAUUAUUGCAACUGUUACAAGUAGAGUUUCAAAUAUUUGUCACAACUUCACAAGACUGACAAAUGAUGGUGAAAAUAUUCUUUAUGUCCAAAGAAAAAGAGAAAAGUAAAUACAUUAACAUCAAUUAUUCUUCCUCAACCUCCUCUAUUCUCUUAUUUGAACUAAUCAAGAUAGAUCUCUGUAGAACACGUUAGUUUCCUGAGGCAGUUAUUUUCUUGAAUAAUUGUGAGUAGUUCUGUUUGUGUUUGUGAAGGUUUUUUCCCUUUCUUCUAAUGAAUAAAAUUCUGACGCAUUUGU